AUGGGUUUAUUUAUUUUCCUCAUUUUUUGGGAAUCAUUGGACGCGCGAGUAUCUUAUUCAAUUUCAUGUCUAUCGGCUCUAUUUAUCACCGCCGUCGCCGCCACCAUUCCGCUUCAUCAGAUAAACCGCCAUCGUAGCGUAGAGUCGUUGUGUAUAGUCGGCGGCGGUAGAAGAUUACGUGCAUUCCACUCGCAGACCUCCCGGGCGGGAAGUGAUCGGUGGUGCGGUGGAAGAAGGACCGGCGGCGGAGGCGACGUGGAACUAGUGGCCGUCAUGGUGGUGCGGUGA